AUGAAAAACACCAGCACCACCGACUCGUGGGAUGAGACCUCAGAUGUUCCAGAUGAUUUAUCACACAUUAAUCAAAAAAAACAACAAAAUGAACCCUUGAAAAUUAGAAAAGAAUAUAAUAUCAUAAAUACAUGUAGUCGUCAGGAUAAAGAAUACGAUAUUGUAACGGAGGGUAAUAUGAAAAGACAUAAUAUCCUAGGGAAUACAACAGAAUAUAAUGACAACAAUGUAUGUGAUUUAUAUCAUAAUAUGAAUAAUAAUAUAAAUAAUAAGAUCAAUGGAUGUAUACAUCAUAAUAAUAAUAAUGUAAAAAAUAUAGAAAAAGAUAUAUUUCCUAAUAGUUCAUCUUAUGUAAAUAUGAAUGAAUAUAAUAAUAAUAAUAAUAAUAAAAUAAAAAAAAAAAAAAAAAAAACAUAUAAAGGAUGUCCUUAUUAUUUGUCUAAAGAAACGUGUGAAGAGAAUAUCAUAAAAUUAAAUAAAAAAAUGAAUGAUGUGUUAACAAAAGUUGUAAAAACAUAUAAAGAAUCAAAUAAAAAAAUGUAUUUAUCGAAAAUAUUUGAAUUGAAAUAUAUUAAUUGUAUUUUUAUAUUUAUGUUUUUAUCUUUAUUAAUCAUAUUUACGAGUAUGAAUGAAUACACAGGUAUUAUUUUAUCUUUAUUAUUAUUAAGUAUUUCUAUACAAUUAAAAUAUACAAAAUCAUAUAUGUCCUUAUUAAAUUCUCUUUUAUCAUUAAUAUUAAUAUCCAUAAUAUCCAUUAUUGUAUCUUCAAAUAUAAAAACAGAACAAGAUACAUAUCAUAUAAUGAAUACCUAUGCUAAUCAAUCAAGAAACCAGAUAAAUAAGAAUAUGGAAGAUAGUUAUAAAAAUAAAAUUGUUGAUAAUUCAAAUAAUCAAAUUAAUAAAGAUCUAUUUAUUGUUCAAUCGGUUAUUUCUUUUGUGUAUUCUUUCCUUUUAUUCAUAUAUAUGUGUGUAAUACGAACUAUUAAAUCAUAUAAAACAAAACACAUAUGGAUAUAUAAUAAUAUUAUUCAUAUGUUUAAUUUCUUUGAUGUAUUUAUGAUCUUCUCCUUUUCAAUACUUGCCUUCUUCUUUAUAUUUAUUUGUUUGAAUUCCAUUUCUUUUAUAAUUACUUCUACAAUUCUUUUUGUUAGUAGUUUGUGUACUUAUUUUUUGCAUAAAUAUAGUAAUGUGAUCAUUGUAAUAUUUCAGACGAUCACGCUAUUGGCAAAUUGUAUUAUGUCCUACAUUUAUUUUUAUAACAUAAGUAAGAAAGGAACAUUAUAUGAAAUCAAAAGUGAUCAUAUAUCAACAAAUUAUAAUAUUAAAAAUGCACACACUCUUCAAGGAAAUAGUCAGACGGGAUCUACAUACCUAUACACAUAUGAAGAUAAAAUAAUAUUAUUCUAUAUGAUUUUUAUAUCACUAUUUUUAAUUUUCCAUUUAAUGUAUAUCUUAUUUAUUUUCUUAUCCAAAGAAAAUAAUUUUACAAAAUUAUUUACCGAAAGGAAAGUCUAUUAUUAUAAUAUAUAUCCAUAUUAUGAAAAAAAAAAUGUAAAACCAAAACAACACAGAACAAAUAACGGAGACCAUUUUAAUCAAAAGGAUAAUGAGCUAAUCAUUAAAUAUGAUAAAUAUGUUUUAUGUGUAGAUGAUGAUAAAAGAAUUACAAAUGCUUAUAGGAUAUAUAGUAAACAAAUAGACAUCAAUAUAAAAAAAUAUACAUAUAAUGAAUUACAUAUGUUUAAACAUAUUUUAUUAUCAGCUGUUAUAAAAUAUAAACACACACAAAAGGUAUAUACUAAACAAGAACUCUUAUUAAAAAGAAAAGCAAACAAACAAAUAUACGAACAAAAAUAUUAUAAUGAAAGUAAUAAAAGUAUUAAAAGUAAUAAAAGGAAUAAAAGUAAUAAAUGUAAAGAAAUGAAAAAUGUACAAAAAGGUAUAUACAUAAAAAAUAAAAAAAGUAAUUUAAAAAAUACAUCAUCACUUAAUAAUAAUAAUGAUAAUAACAAAGUUAGGACAAAUUAUAUAAAUAAAAAAAAUGAUAUAAAAUCACAAUCGUUUCAUCAUAAACAUACUAAUGUAAACCAUAUUAAUUAUCAUACAUAUAAAAAUAUAAACACAAAUGUUUGUAAUAAUACAAAUAAUAAUUUAUUUUCUAAGAAAAAAAGUUCAGACGAUUUUGUAUUAUACAUAAAUGAAGAAUUCACCGAAGACUCUUCUUCCUCUUUUAUAUAUAGUUCCACACAUAAAACAUCAGAAGAAAAUAUUUCAGAAUCUAUUUCAUAUAUAUCUUAUAAUAUACACAAGGAUAAUUAUGAACAAGAAAAAAAAGAUUUUUUAAGCACACAAUAUUUGUCAAACAAAAAUCGUAAUAUUAUAAGACCAAAAGAAAGUUAUAUGAAUAAAGGUAUAAACUUUUUAUUAACCAAUAUUUCAAAAUUACAAAGUGAAAGAAAAGAAUCAAAUCAAAAAAAAAAAAACAAAAAACAAAUGCAUUUAUUAAAAAAUAAAAAUUUUUAUUUAAUUAGUUGUGAGGAAUCUAAUUAUUAUACACUCUCUUUAUUUAAUACAAAAUAUACUUAUAUUAUAGAGAAAUUAUUAGAACAUUAUGAUGAAAUCUCAUUUUAUUUACAUAAAAAAAAUUAUUUUAUAAAUCUAUUAGAAAAAAAUAAAUCAAACCAUAAGCCCACACUAGCAAAUUACGAGGAAUCAAAAGAUAAAUUGUUUUUAUCACAUAAUAAUAACGAAAAAAAUAAUUUCAUAAAUGAGCUUAAUAUUCAUCAGGAUGAAAACGUAUCUAUUGAAAAAAAUGAUUGUAAUAAAAACAUGAACGAAUAUAAAUCAAACAAAGUAUAUAAUAUUGAUAAAGAUUCAGAACAAAACAAAAAAAACAAAAAAAACAAAAAAAUGAUAUCGUCCCCUAUAAAAAUAGACAAUGAUUUUAUAUUUAAUGAUAUAAAACUUUCUUAUAUAAAAAAUAAAAUACAUUCCAAUAUUCAUAUUCACAAUGAUUUAUCUUUUAUUACCUCCUUUGAACAUAAUAAUAAUAUGUAUAAACCAUGUGAUCAUUUUGUAAGUAAUGAUUCUACUGAGAAAAACAAAUAUGAUAAUAAUUUUUUGAAACAUAAUGAAGAUAGUGGUUCUAUUUUUAUGUUGAAAUCAAAUAAAUGUAAUUCUGUCAUUAGUAAUUAUUCUAGCGAAUUUGUAAAAAUACCCUUAUAUACACCUCCCUUUUUAUCAUCAUCAAGUGUAUCAUCAUCAUGUGUAUCAUCAUCAGGUUUGUCACCAUCAUGUUUAUUAUCACCACCUAGUUUAUUAUCACCACCUAGUUUAUUAUCACCACCUUGCUUAUUAUCACCUUCUAUUAUAUCACCUCAUAUGUUGUUUACUGAAAAAAUACAGGGAGAAGAAAAUCAUUUCUGGUAUUACUCUCCUGGAAUAAUUGCUAGAAUAAAUAAGGAAUGGAUCAAAUGUAAAAAAUUAGAUGUAAAGAAGUUUAAUAAUGAUUUCUAUUAUUUACUUUCAGCUGACUCGAAUAAAUUGAAGGGGUUCUUAAAAAGUAAUUACUUAGAAGAAGAAACAAAUAACAAAGCAGAUAAUACAUCCAAUAAUAAUGAUAAUAUUAAUGCAAAUUGUGAUAAUAAUAAUGAUAAUAAUAUUAAUUUAAAAUAUUCAUGUGAAUAUGACAAAAAAGGAAAAAAUAAAUUAUUUGAUAUAAGUCAAGUAGUUAAUGAUUAUCCAUAUACAAUUAAUAAAAUGAAAAAUAAUUUAUAUUCAUCUACAUUUACAUAUUCCUCUUUUAUAAAAGAUGAUCAUAAUAUUAGUAGUAAUCACAUGAAUUCUUUUAAUACUAUUAUUAAUAAUUUCUUGACAGAUGCUAAUAUUUUCGAUUCUUUAUAUUAUUACCUCUUGACUAAUAAAUCCAUAUCCUAUACUGUAUUUCAAGAUAGUACUUAUAUAAAACAAUUCUUAUCCUCAUUAUAUUAUAACAACACCGAUGAAUUUGUUGAAGAAAUUAAACUCAUAUGGGACGAUCCCAAGCCUUACAUAGAAAAGGAAAAUAUACUACUUCCUAAUGAUCAUACGAUAAACCAACACAAAAAUGACGAAAAAAUUGACGAAAAAAAUGACAAAAAAAUUGACAAAAAAAUUGACAAAAAAAAUAAUGAUAAUAUAUACAAUAAUUUGUAUGAUAAUUUGUAUGAUAAUUUGUAUGAUAAUUUGUAUGAUAAUUUGUAUGAUAAUUAUUAUGAUAAUUAUUAUGAUAAUUAUUAUGAUAAUUAUUAUGAUAAUUAUUAUGAUAAUUAUUAUGAUACUUUUUAUGAAAAUUUUGUAAAAGAUAAUUUUCCAUAUAUAAAAAUCAACACUACUUCUACUUUGCCACAAACCAACAAACAUACACAUAAACAAAAUAUUGAAAAUAGGGAGACACAUAAAAAAAAUAAUUAUACAAAAAAAUGCUUAACAUUAAUGAAUAUGGAAGAAUCUCUUUAUAGUAAGGAUAAAAAUUCAUGUGAAGAUGAAAUAAAUAUAAAAAAUGAUAAUACUCAUAACUUGAAUGAUCUAUUAAAAUACGCAGAAUCUUUGAUAGAAGAAAGUAAAAAUAUUGAAACUCAUGAAAAAAAUGAAAAAGAAUAUGAACCUGAACUUAAUAUAACACAGAAUAAUAAUAAUAUUUCAGAUAUUAAUAAUAUAGAUGAAUUUUUAAGCAACUUUAUCAAAAAUUAUAUGUCUAAUAAGAAGGAUAACACACAAACGUAUCAUCAUCAUCAUCAUCAUCAAAAGGAAAAAUACAGAAAUAAGGAAGAACAGAAUUUACAAAAUAAUAAUAAUCAUACAGAAUAUUUAAAAAAUGUACAACAUUUGUGUUCACAUAUAAAACAAAAUAUAGACCAACAAUAUGAAAUAAACAAUUCUUAUGAUGUUAUUAGUAAUGAUAAAGAAGAUAUUUCUAAUAAUCUGUCGUCAAGAAAUACUCCUAAGAUAAAAGAUAUAAAUAAAAAUUAUAGUAUACAUAAAAUAGAAGAAUGUAUAAAAAAAGAAAAGAAAAUGGAACACGACAAAAACCAAACACAAAAUGAACAAAAUGAACAAAAUAAAGAUAAUAAACAAAAUGAACAAAAUAAAGAUAAUAAACAAAAUGAACAAAAUAAAGAUAAUAAACAAAAUAAAGAUAAUAAACAAAAUAAAGAUAAUAAACAAAAUAAAGAUAAUAAACAAAAUAAAGAUAAUAAACAAAAUAAAGAUUAUAAAGAUUAUAAAGAUAAUAAACAAAAGAGCAAAUUAUAUAAUUCCUAUACAUCAGCAUAUUCUAACGAUAUAAAUAUUAUAAAGGAUAAACAAGGAGAACCUAUUAAUUAUUUAAGAAAAAAUAAAAUAAAUGACAAUUCAUAUGAUAUACAACAUUUAGAAGACAUGUCAUAUAAUUCACUUAAGAAAUAUAUUAAUGAUGAAAUAAAAAAUUGUAAAUAUAAAAAUACAAAACUAGAUUCUGUUAAUAAUAUAAAUAAAGAAACGGACACCAAAUUGAUUUAUACUAAUAUGGAAAAGAACUCACUUAUUCAUAAAAAUAUAGAGAAUAUCAAAAAUUAUCAUAUAAAUGUGGAUAACCCCUUAUUUGAUAUAGACAAAUGUUUUUUAUAUAAUAACCACAUAAAUAUGGAUGUACAAACAAAACAAAAAUGUAAACUAAUUAAAAAAGAUGAUAAAAAUAGAUUUUAUAAAAAUAUUAAAUCUAUAAAAGAAAUCAAUCAUUCUAAUAAUAACGUAAACCAAAAAAAUCAAAUAUUUCCAAAAGAAAAUAUUUUGAUAAAUAAUAAUAUAAAAUUAUUUCCUAAAGAAGACGAAGAAGAAUCUAACAAAACAAGGGAAUUAAAUUCAGACAUUAUAGAUGAUAUGAAAAAAAAAUUGACAAGAUAUGAUAAUAUACAACAUCUUAAUUAUGUAACGAAUAUUGAGUAUGAUCAUACGGAAGAACAAAGUAUUUAUACGAAUCAUAAAUAUAUACAUGAAAUAAAAAAUGUAGAAUUCAACAAUAUAUAUGAUAAAAAUGUAAAUAGAAAGAAGGUUCAAAAGUUUUGCAUACACAGUAACGAAAUAAAGAAAAAUGAAAAAAAUGAAAAUGAUGAAAAUGAUGAAAAAUAUGAAAAUGAUGAAAAAUAUGAAAAUGAUGAAAAAUAUGAAAAUGAUGAAAAUAAUGAAAAAGAUGAAAAUGAUGAAAAAAAUAAAAAAAACGAGUCAACAUUAUAUGAUGACCAGAAGAAAGGAGGAGACAACAGAAACGACAAUCAUUAUGAUUAUGAUGAAUAUGAAAACCUUUUUGGUUAUAAUACAGAAGAUAUGAAAAAGAUUGAGGAAAAAAUUAAUCUGUUUUAUAAUUAUUCUAAUGAUGAACAUAAAGAUUAUUAUGAUAUUGAUGAGAAAAAAAAAAAAAAGGAAAUUUUUUAUGAACUUCAAAAAUAUCUUGCAUCUUCACAAAACAAAAAACAAUUACAAAAUUAUAGUCUUACAGAUACCGAUUUUUUAGAAUAUAUAAAUAAAUAUUUGAAUAGUAACAAUAAUAUGUAUGAUAUUAAUAUAUAUAAUGAAAUCAUAUGUAUAAAUGAAAAAGGAGAAAAUCAAAUAAAUGUUCAGAAAAAACCACACGAUGAUAAAUCACAAAAUAAAUAUGAUCCACAUAAUGAUCAAAACUACAACAACAACAACAACAACAACAACAACAACAACAACAACAACAAUAAUAAUAAUAAUAAUAAUAAUAAUAAUGAUAAUUAUUAUUAUAAUUUUGAAGAUAAUAAAAAUAAAUUCUAUCAUGUCUUAGAAAAUGAGAAAGAAAAAUCUCCUUAUUCAUCCCCCCAAAUUUAUGAUGAACAUACAGUAAAUUCCUUUGCGUUACACAACAUUAUAAAUAAUAAAAAAUUAAUAAAAAAUGAAAUAUUUAAUUUUGACAAUGUUAAUAAUGUUAAUAAUAUAAACAAAAAACAUAAUAACAAAAUACAUAUGAGCAAUGGUAUAGAAAACGUGAAUAAAACAUUGUUAAAAAAAAAAGAGGAACACAACAUAAAAGGUAUUUCACAAAAUAUACAAGACGAUCAAAUUAUGGGAAAAGAAAAUUUUGAUGACAUAAAUUAUAUGAGUAAUGGAAAUCUUAAAAAGGAAAAUGAACUCAAAAAUGGUAUUCCAUACAAUAACAAAUAUGAUAAAACAAAUGACAUGAUCGAAUGUAUGUUUGAAAAACAUAACGAUAUAAAAGAAAAAUCACCUUCAAAUAAGAUAACACAAAACAACGACAGUAAGCAUAAACAUAUAAUUGAACAAUCUUCACAAAAUAAUAAUAAUAAUAAUAAUAAUAAUAGUCAUAAUAAUAAUAGUCAUAGUCAUAAUAGUAAUAGUCAUAGUAAUAAUCAAGGUGAUAUACACAUUAAAAAAAUAGAAUUAAGUUCAAUUAUUAAUAAGAAUAAAGAAAAUUACUCAAUGGAAAGUCUCAAAUCAUAUGAAAAUAAUAAUAAACUCGAUUCGGAAAAAAAAAAAAAAAAAAAAGAAUUAAUUUGUCCUAUUAACUUAUUAAACAAUAAAAAUGAAAUACAACCAAAAGACAAAAUUUAUAAACCAAAUAAAAAUAUAUUCAAUUCUAUCUAUGGAUUUCAUAAAACAGAAUCUGAUGUAAGUUCUUUAACGGAAAAUGAAAAAAAAAAUAUAAUAAUCGGACAGGAGCAAUUUUAUGAAUCCUUUGUUUAUAAAAAUAUUCCUAGCAUGGAUAGCACAAAAAAAAAUAAUAUAUACAAAUUGAAUAAUCAAAAUGAUGAAGAAAGUGUAAAAGAACAAAAAUAUGAUAAUCCUGAAGAAAUCAACUCUUUUAAUAUAUCCAAAGAUCAUAACAUAGAAGCAACAGAUGUAUCUACAAAUAAAAAUAUUAUAAAUAACAAUAUAAAAGAAGAUAAUAAUAUAAUACAUUUGAAUGAAUUUAAAAAUAUAAUAACAAAUCAGCAUAAUUCAUAUAAAAAUAUGGCAUAUACAAAUAUGGAAAAUAAAAAAUAUAAGGAAUCGGAAACAUAUAUACAAAAUAAAGAUAUAUAUGAUAAAAUAGAAACAAAGCAAAAUAACAUAGAAGAAACAAAUACUAAUUUUAUAAACUAUGAAAUAUAUAAAUGUUCUAUAGAUAAUGAUACAAAAAAAAAUAAAAAAACUCUGCUAAAUGAAAUGAUUCAUAUGUACCAUCUAAAAGGAAGUUAUCAAAGUAAUGAUGAUAUACAGAAAAGACAAAAUUAUUAUUUAACUAAAAAAUAUGAAAAAAUGACAGAAGACAAUUUUAAUGAAACACCUUAUGAAUUAUCUAAUAAUUCAAAUUAUUUAAUUAAUACUAAUAGAUAUAAUACAAACCAUACAAAUUAUAAUAUUAGGGGUAUGUCACUAAAUUCGUAUUUUACUGAAAAGAAGAACAUAAAUCAACAUAUAAAUGAAAACAACAUAAAUCAACAUAUAAAUGAAAACAACAUAAAUCGACAUAUAAAUGAAAACAACAUAAAUCGACAUAUAAAUGAAAACCACAUAAAUCAACAUGUAAAUGAAAACAACAUAAAUCAGUUAAAAAAUAUAAAUAGUCUAUAUAAAAAUCUUGAAUCGAAUAUUCAAAGACAAAUAUCAAACAACUUAAUCUUCGGAAGUAAUUACUCUAAAUAUUAUAAAAAUAUAAAUAGUGAAGAAUUUAAAAAUACCUAUAGACAAACAUAUAAUUAUUUAUAUAAACAUUAUAAUUACAGAGAACCUCUUAAAAGAAGUAUAAGCUUACAACAAAAAAUACAUACACACAUAAUAAAUGAUAACACAAAAUUUAAAGAAAAUGAAAAACAAAAAAAAAAUAUAUAUACACAAAAAAACAAUUUCUCUUUUGACUUCUUAAGACAAAAUCAUUAUAAUAUAAUAAAUAAUAAGGAUGAACACGAACAAGAUCAAUAUAGAAGAAAAAAACAAAAUAGAUAUUAUGAUUAUAUAAAAAAAGAUAAAAAAUAUAUAUACCAUUCUGAUUAUAUACAACAUUUUAAUAAUAUUAUUAACACAUAUUCAUGGUCUAAUGAUAAUCAUAUAUAUAUUCAUCAAAAUAAAAAUCAAAAAAAAAAUAAAUCUUAUAUAUCUACCGUUAGUACACAAGAUAAUGAUAGUGAUCAAUCAAAUUUUAGUAGUCUAGUAAAAGAUGUAUUUCAAAAUAAUUCAGAUUCAUAUAUCUCAUCUAAUGAUGUUAAUCAUAAUUCUACCAUUCAAAAAAAAAAAAAUAAACAAACAUUCAAAACUCAAUUAUCAAAAAAUAAUCUACAACAUUUAUUUAAUCAAUAUAACAAAAAUAAAAAAAAUAAAAAAAAAUCGAACAAACAUGAGCAAAAUAAUCUAAAUAAUCUAGAAACAAUAAGAACUACUAAAACAAAUUCAAAAGAAUCAUUUCUGCAAAUAAUACAGGAAGCAAAUAUAUUCCCCUCUAUUACAAUUCAAAAUAAUAAUAAUAAUAAUAUAUAUAUUCCCAAUUUAAAUAAAGAAACACAAUCAAAAAAUCUUUCUUACCCUGAACAAAAAAAACGGAUACUAAAUCUAGAUAAUCAUAUAAAUAAUACAAAUCAUUAUGAUGAUUUUUCAGAUAAUUAUGAGCAUAUACUAAACACUAGCACAAAUACCGAUAUAAGUGAUCAUGGGGACUUCAAAAAAAGUAAUAAAAAUAAUUUUAUUAAUAAAACGAAAAAUGAACAUGAGGAACAUUUCAAUCAAAAUCAAAAAAAUAAAAAAAAAAAUUUACAUAUAUAUGGAAAUAUGAAAAAAUAUAAAAGUUUAAAUGAUGUAUCGUAUCAAAAUAAUCAAACAAAAUAUGAAAUCAUAGAUAUACAAAAAAAAAAACAAGAAUUACAAAAAAAUGCAAGUGGUGUUAAGAAGGAUUCAAGUAGACAUAGUAAUAAUAUAUAUAAUUAUCAAAGUGUUGACAAUCAUUAUAUAAAUGAACAUAAUAAUAAUAAUAAAUAUUAUAAGAGGAGCUUAUCUCAUGAAUCUCAAUUUAAAGAAAAUAAAAACAUAUAUAUAAAAACAAAUAGGAGAAAUAAUUCAAUUCAUAUUAAAUUAAAUGAUACUUCAAAUUACCUAUUCAUAAAUAACUCAAACAAUCAUAAGAAUACAUAUAAUAGUUCAUCUAUUAUUUCUUUUAAUAAAAAAAAAAGAAACAAAAAUGAUAAUAUUAAUCUUAAUUACAAAACAGAAAGUAGUACUUCCGAUUUUUUUUCUUUUGAAUCUAUAGAUAAUAAAAAAAAAGAUAUACAAGACAUUUUUUUUAAUAAUAUGAAAACUGUAAAUGGUAAUAAAAUUAAAAAUAUCAUAAAGGAUAACAAUAAUAAUAAUAAGAAGAAGAACAACAAAAGAAAAAAUAAUAUUAAUAUUGAUAAUCAUUAUACUAAACCCCAAAAUGUACAUCAACAAUUAACAAAACAAAAAAAAAUUCUUAUCGAGCCACAAAAACUUUUAGCCGCUAUUCAAAAUUUUAAAAAUCAUAAAAAAAGUUUAGAACUAGAUAACAAAAUAAAUCAAAAUAAUAUACUAAAGAAGGAAAAUAAAAAUAAUAAUCUUUCCAAACAAAAUUAUUUAUGUAAUGUUAUUAAUAGUGAUGAUGAUACAAGUGAACAUAUGUUCGUAUACGCUACCAAAUAA